AUGGCAGGGAAUUGCUGGGGGCAGGUGGUGCAGCAAACGCCUCCGAUGGUGAUGCAAAUUGGGAAUCACCGAGAAGUCAUCAGCUUCAAUGUCACCCAACUGUCGGACACGCCUAUAGUAUUAGGCAUGAGUUGGCUGCACAGGCACAGCCCAGCAUUGGCGUGGUACCAGCGACAACUGACCUUCGGCUCCUCAUACUGUGCGGAACAUUGCAUUCUGCCUAGCCCGGAAGGGGAAGAGGAUGACCCGCAGCUACAAUUAGGCACGCUGCAAGCAGUGCCACUCAAGUACGCAGCGUUUUUGGAGGUUUUCUGCGAGAAGGAAGCGGACAAGCUACCUCCCCACAGGUCUUAUGACUGCAAGAUUGACCUCCUGCCAGGGGCGACGCUGCCAACCGGGAAACUGUAUUCCAUGUCUGAAGACGAGCUGCAGGAACUCAGGGAGUUCAUAGACCUCAACUUGAAGCGCGGUUUCAUCCAGGAGUCGAAGGCAGUGGGGGGCAGUCCUGUAUUCUUUGUGAAGAAGAAGGACACGCCCCAAAAAAGGCUUGUGGUGGACUAUAGAAUUUUGAACUCGAAAACCAAGCCCACAGCCUUUCCCAUGCCCAAGAUUGAUGACCUGCUCGCAACGGUGAGGAAAGGACGCGUUUUCACAAAGUUGGAUCUGCGAGGGGCGUACAACCUGAUUCGCAUACGGGAGGGCGACGAAUGGAAGACUGCCAUGUUCACGCCCCUGGGCACCUAUGAAUACAGAGUUAUGCCCUUUGGAUUACAAAAUGGCUCCCACUGUUUUCAAGCCUUCAUGCAUCACGUAUUGGCGGGUCUCCUCUACAAGAAAUGCGUCUGCUUCCUGGACGACAUCCUGAUAUUUUCAGAAUCAGAGGAGACCCACGAGGGAGACGUCAAGGAAGUUCUGCAGAGACUGCAGGAGCACAGGCUGUACGCCAAGCUGGAGAAGUGCCAGUUCGACAUGAAGGAGGUAGAUUUCCUGGGCUACAAGUUGUCGGACAAGGGGCUCGCCAUGGACAGCGCCAAGGUUCGCUCAGUGUUGGACUGGAAGAGCCCGCGCAAUCGGAAGGAGGUCCAGCGGUUUGUCGGUUUCGCCAACUUUUACCGCAAGUUCAUCAAGGGGUUCGCGAUGCAGACGGCGGCCAUUACCGACACGCUCAGCUCCAAGAAGAAGAAGUUCAUCUGGACGGAGCAAGCGGAGCAGUCCUUUCAGAAACUCAAGCGUCUCUUCUCGUCCGAAGAGCAGCUACUGCAUGUGAAUCCCAGCAGACCGAUGAGGGUUGAAACGGACGCCUCAGACAGAGCCGUGGGAGCAGUACUGUUGCAGCAAGACCCGCAUGGGGACUGGAGACCGUGUGCCUUCUACUCCAGGAAGCUCAGCAAGUCAGAGCAGAACUACACCAUCUGGGACAGGGAGUUGCUGGCCAUUCAUGCAGCAUUCAAGGCGUGGCGGCACUUCCUCAUUGGAGCCAAACACACAGUGCAGGUCCGCACGGACCAUAAAAACCUGGAGUACUGGCGCACGGCAAGGUUCCUGAACCAGAGGCACAUACGAUGGGCGGAGUUCUUUGCGGAUUUCGACUUCAGGAUAGAGUACAUCCCAGGCGACAACAACAUCAUGGCGGAUGCACUGUCCAGAAAGCCGCAAUACCUCGAGGAGGCGGCACCAGCAGCGGCCAAGCACAUUUUCGCACCGAAAGCGUGGGCGUGCGCUUCAGCAACCGUGGACCUGGAUGCUGUACGUCGAGCACUGCAGGAUGACCCCUUCGCGCAAGCAAAGAUGGCAGAGGUGCAAAGGGGCACGGCGGAGGACGACGAGUUCCAGAUACGCGACGGAUUGCUCAUCCGCAGAGGGGCCCUCUACGUACCGGGAGACGACCUCCGCGCGAAAGUACUGCAGCAGUUGCACGACGCACCCACCGCCGGGCACUUUGGCAAAGAGAAGACGGUAGAAUUAGUAGCCAGAGAUUUUUGGUGGCCCAAGAUGCGGGGGGAAGUCGCGGAUUACGUCUCGAGGUGCGACACAUGCCAAAGGGCCAAGUCAGUGCACAAACCGCCGGCGGGACUGCUCGAACCCCUGCAGACACCGCUCGAACCGUGGGAGAGGGUGGCCCUGGACUUUGUCACGGAUCUACCCAGCUCGAGGGGCAAGACGGCAGUGCUAGUGGUGGUGGACAUGUUCACCAAAAUGGCCCACUUCAUUCCGUGCGCGAAGGUGGCCACGGCGGAACAGACCGCCAAACUGUUCAUAGACCACGUGUUCAGGGUUCACGGUCUGCCACGGUCUAUCCUGUCCGACCGGGGCGACAGUUCAUCUCGAACUUCUGGCAGAAGCUGA